CAUGUUCAGCCCGGCAAAAUAAAACUAGCGGUCGAUCGAGCUAGCACAAGCCACCAGCAUUUCGGCGUGCACUGUGCGUGCUUGCCUAGAUUUUGUCUGACUUUGGGUUUGAGAGAGCGCAGCAGCGACGUCUGACUCAGAUCUGUGAGAUAGAUUUUUCUAUCCGAUCUCCUCUGCAUCUCUCUCCCUCUCGGUUCUGGUUGGAUGCUAGACCGUUGGUUGUAAGGAGAGGAACACAAUUACAGGUGGGGGUAGCUGUUACUGACAGGUUAACGAAACGAGGAGCAGCGUACAGCGAAGUACUAGUAUCACCAUACCAGGAAAAAAAUGAGCGUCGCCACAGCAAGUGCGGGGCAGCCAAGCGAGGCACAGCUCAACGAGAAGUAUGGAAUGAAAGUAAAAACGUCACACAUUCUUCAACGACGAUUGUCGAAAGGGGGCAAGGGCCAGUAUUUCGACUCUGGUGACUACAACAUGCAGGGCAAGACGGCAGAGCCAAGUGCAAACGUCAGUGCCGGCGUGAACGACGAAGGGUCGGUUUUCGUUGGUGCUAGUAGAUUGCCAGUGCAGUCUAAGCUUGCCUCCGAGGCCAUGCCGGCGGUGACUCCGGGGCCUGGUGCGGCGCGCGUGCCCGUGCGCAGGAAGUCGCAGCCGAGCAAGCUGGGCACGGACCAGGCAUCGCCGACCGCACCCAAGACGCUCGGCAGCCCGCUGGGUGGCGGUGGAACACUAUCAAUGCAGCAGCCCGGUGCUGAAUAAACAUAGUCCUCUGCGAACAUCAUCGACUGGGCCAGAACAUAUUCGCUGCCUCAACUCCAACAUGUACCGCACCGUCCUGUACAUAACUGCUAUUAUAUUUGAUGUCCAACUGGAACUAACAAUUGCCAAUUCAUCUUUAGCAUCUUACUUUUCUAAUUAGCCAUGGAACUAAGUAUUUCUCUAACUAGCCAUACCUUACUGUGUACUGGUCAGAACGACCGUAAAGCUAACUUUCAUUCUACUUGGGUUGAUGUUGAAAUUACCUUUCCGGCUGCAUUUUUUGUUUGAGUUUUCUAAUUGAGUUUGCAUGUCCACGUUAGUAAAUUGUACCGCUGGAAGCAGCCCUGGAACUUCUUACUGUGAUUUAUCUCAACUUUCUUCUCGUCUUACGUACUUCUAUGUCCUGUCUUGUCAUCGCUUCUGCAGAGGAGACCAGCGCGAUAUAGUUGGCUGAUAAAAUGCUUCCGUAUUGCUCUAAAAAUGUAAUGCUGCCAGUGUACCGCCUGCUUGCCUCUGCCUGCAUGUAUGUUUGUAUGCUCUCUUUCUAUAUUGUGUAGUAUAUUGUACACAGAUGGCUGGCAGUUCUGCCGCCAUAGUAGGUAGACAUAGAGCUAGAACUAGAACUACUUCAACUAGAAGAUUCUAUUGUAAACGUGGAAACACAGUCAUUGAUAUGACAGCGCA